GUUGAUCGACGUAGCGCAAAAGAUUUGCAUACAAUUAGCAGCAGACGAAAUUGAACAAGUGUUUCUAGUGUCCCUAAAAUUUUAUUGGAUAUUAUUUGACUUUGCCUGUGGAUUAAAAGAUUUAAAAAAAUGUUUAUUACAAUUACAAUGGCCGACAGAGUGCUCUUCAGAGAACGGUCUGGCAGCAUGGCUUUCAUCUCGUAUUUUUGAAAAGAGAAGAAUCGGGGUGGGAAGAUUUGUGGCAGGGGAUGAGAUGGUUCGAUCUGUAGCAGCACUCCACAGUCACCACUGUACCACCACAUCAUUCUACCACCUGUUGUUGAGUGACGAUCAUAGUUGGCGAUGCAGAUGAUGAAUUUCAAAUUAUUAUUGUUAACCAACAGCUGAUAUGUGAGUGAGCCGUGUGUUUUGGGCGCGUGUGUGUGUGUGUGUGUACUUUCUUUAGUGGUGUCGCCGUGUGUUUGUUGUAUAUCGACCGCAAAAGCCCACACGUGCACUGUGACCAUGACGGAAUCGACUCAAGUUGUGGAUCACAAGGAACGACGGAGGAUGCUGCAGAUGGCCUUUCCUCUAUACCUGAGCUACCUGACAUCGGAACAGAAACCGGCAGCGGCCUGCUUCGUGCCGGCACAACCCGGUAGUGGUGGUGUUGCCGGAACUCCGGUGACCACUGGAGCACCUGCUAGUGGCGGCGGGGCCCGUGCUCCGACAGCUUCUGUUCAAGUGCAGGCCAAGACGAUGGAUGGAGCACCCGUACCAGUUGUACCAAUGGACUGUUACGAAGACAUGUUUCACGAAAUCGCCAAAAAAUUCUACGGUGAAGGAGCUCUAGUACCGGGAGGCAUCGUUCAACAAGGAACAGAUCAGAACGGAGCCGGAGCCGGUGGUGCAGGGGCGGGUCAGCAGCAAGGACAAGCCAAUACGCAAGGGGAAUUGGGUAUGAUGGAUCUAGACUAUCAACAGGUUGGCAAGGACGGACACUAUCAAACGGGAGGUCAAGGAGCUUCAACCGGACCCACGUUGAUCGUGCAAACUACGGGUGGUCCUGUCUUGCAAGUGACGAUGGAAGCGACACCGCAUGUAAAUGUUAAUCCAUCACCACCCAAGAAACCCAAGAUGAGCGUCAAGUUAAAAAAAGCAGCAGCGGCUGCAGCGGCGGCUGCUGCUGCGGCUGCUGCGGCCGCCGCCGCCGCGCAACAAAACAGCAACGCGGCCGGAGGCAGCGGUAAACCGGUCGAAUCCACGUGGGUGGAGAGUGAUGACCUACUACCGUGGAAUUCUUCGAAAGUGGCCUCUUAUAACGCAACUCACAAGUUGUUCCGGUGCCUGGAUUGCGGCUGUGUGGGUUUCCUUGCCCGCAUCGCAGAGCAUUGGCUGGGAGCGCACGCCAACCUGCGCGUCUUCCAGUGCCCGCGCUGCCACUACAAUUCGGCGUGGGCGCGGUGCAUCCGGAUGCACCUGGCCCGCCAGCACAACGAACAGAACCCCGACAGCUCUCUGUGGCGCGAAAAUCCCGUGCUGGAGGAAGUGACCAAAUACCUUCUGGCGCUCAAGAACCGCGUCGAGAGCAAGGACGAAUUGCCGUCGCCGGGCAACGGAACGGCCGGUGGAGACAAACGGUACUCUUGUCCUUAUUGUCCGUACGCCACCGAUCGGAGGGACCUAUACACGCGGCACGAGACGAUUCAUAGUGAAGAGAAGCCUUUCCAGUGCUUCAUUUGUGACAAGCAGUUUAACCGGGCCGAUCACUGCAAAAAACACUUUAGUCGCAUGCAUAGGGAUACAGCGUAUGAUUUGCAAAAGAUUAAGAAAGCAGCCGGAGGAGGAGGUGGUGAUCACGGACAUCACACGUCGUCAGUCGCCGUUAAAGCACCAGCUGCUCACGUGGUUGUUGCUGCAGCUGUUCCGCCUACCCAAAUCCCUUUCUACACGGCCGUCACUGUGCAACAGCAACAACAACAGCAACAACAAACCAACCAAACUGUGGUCAGUCAAAACAACCAGCAACAACAGCAACAGCAGCAACAACAACAACAACAACAACAGGCAGUGCAGCGUCCGGCAGCGACUGUUGUAGCAGCCUAUCAGCCUCAUUUAGGUUUGCCGGCCUUCCCAAGUCAGCCGACUCCUACGCAAGCCUACAAAAGUUACACAACACUCGGGGUGGAAGCCUUAGUCCGACCGACUCACACGAUCGCCACACCGACGAGUCAGCAGCCGAAUAGUGCGACGUCGGGUCAAUCGUCUCAGGCGUCGGGUGGAGGAGGUGGUGAAAAGAAGAAGAAGGAAAAGUUGUACGCCUGCACCUACUGCGCCUGGCGAGGGGUGGACAAUUGGUGUCUCAAACGCCAUCUCAAUACCCACAUCAAACCUUACCUUUGCGUCUUGUGCGAUUACAAAGCGGCCCGCUCCGAACGGCUGGCCACGCACGUCCACAAAGUUCACAACAAGCGCAUCUGCGGCAAGUGCAACUUUUUGGCCGACGAUCAGGACGCGCUGAGCAACCACAUGCGUGAACAUCAUCAGAAUCCUAUAGUCAAACCGGAGCGAAAUGUCGUCUGCGCCAAAGGGAAAAAGGCGAAUGACAACAGCCAUCAAGCAACAAUGGAUCACAUGGAUCAAAGAGGAUCGACGGAAUUGCCAGUGGGGAUUGAAAACCGUCCGAACCAAAUUUUGCUCCAGUGCGAAAUGUGUGAAUUCCGCACCACCGAUGGCAAUUUAAUUCACACCCAUUUGGCCGAGAACCACCACCGUUCGAAUACGAUGGACGAAUGCCAGAACUGACGAGAUGGCUGGCUGGUGAAUGCGGGAAUAGAAUCCAUCGCAUCUGUUAUACCACUAUAUUUCUUUGUAUCUGCACAAUUAACCUAAGUAGCCUUCGAUUAAUCCGUUCAACUUCAUUGGUCGUUUUUGCUAAUGAUAGAAAGCGAAAUGAGAAUGCCAACAAAUAUUUCUGAAAUAUCUUUUGAACUGAUUCUUUUUAUCU